UUCGUGUCCUCGGACCAGGACCAGCGGCAGUGGCAGGACUUCGUGCAGGACAUGCCGUGGCUGGCGCUGCCCUACAAGGAGAAGCACAGGAAGCUGAAGCUUUGGAACAAAUACCGAAUUUCCAACAUUCCAUCGCUAAUAUUCCUAGACGCCACCACGGGGAAGGUCGUGUGCAGGAAUGGGCUGCUGGUGAUCCGGGACGACCCAGAAGGUCUGGAGUUCCCCUGGGGACCUAAACCCUUCAGAGAAGUCAUUGCAGGGCCCUUGCUGAGAAACGGCGGGCAGUCCGUGGAGAGCAGCAGCCUGGAGGGCUCCCACGUGGGGGUCUAUUUCUCUGCACACUGGUGCCCACCCUGCCGAAGCCUGACACGGGUCCUGGUGGAGUCCUACUGGAAGAUCAAGGAGGCAGGCCAGACCUUUGAGAUCAUCUUUGUGAGCGCAGACAGGUCAGAAGAGUCCUUCAAGCAGUACUUCAGCGAGAUGCCCUGGCUCGCCGUCCCCUACACCGACGAGGCCCGGCGGUCGCGCCUCAACCGGCUGUACGGAAUCCAAGGCAUCCCCACGCUCAUCGUGCUGGACCCACAGGGGGAGGUGAUCACGCGGCAGGGGCGGGUGGAGGUGCUGAACGACGAGGACUGCCGCGAGUUCCCGUGGCACCCCAAACCCGUGCUGGAGCUCUCCGACUCCAACGCCGUGCAGCUGAACGAAGGCCCCUGCCUCGUCCUUUUUGUCGACUCCGAAGACGACGGGGAGUCCGAGGCGGCCAAGCAGCUGAUCCAGCCGAUCGCUGAGAAAAUCAUCGCCAAGUACAAAGCCAAGGAGGAGGAGGCACCGCUUCUGUUCUUCGUGGCUGGGGAGGACGACAUGACCGACUCCUUGCGUGACUACACCAACCUGCCGGAGGCCGCCCCUUUGCUCACCAUCCUGGACAUGUCCGCCCGAGCCAAGUACGUGAAGGACGUGGAGGAGAUCACGCCCGCCAUUGUGGAGGCCUUUGUGAAUGACUUCCUAGCAGAAAAGCUCAAGCCAGAGCCCAUCUAGUGGGCCCGGCCCCCCGAGACGUUAUUUAAAACUCAAUCUCCUCUUCCUCCUCCUCCUCCUCCUCUUUCUCUCUGCCCUCGAACUUUCUCAACCAACGUGCCCUGAGUCACACAACCCAAGCGUCCAACCUCUCUGCGGUGCCUUGUUUUCUGCAUUAAACUCCUCAGCUAGCACCCUAGGGUGCACCCCCUGCCCCCCUUUUCAGUAGCCGAAGAGCCACCGUGUAUGGAGACUCUGCUUGGGACGGGAGGGGGUGGUGGAACAGCCCAGACAGGACUGGGACGGCAACACUCUAGAAGGGUCACUAGUGUCUGGUGGGUGAUGUGUGUGCCGGGGGUUCUUCCCCCAAGGGAGGCGUUAGGGGACAGGGGCUCACUCCUGGUUCGCUCCCACUUCUGCAUCAGCUCACCCCCUCGAAGCACAAGCUCCCCAGAAGGGGACUUGCUCACUGGUAGCUGUCCCUGCGGGUGGAGCAGAGCAGGGCCAUAUCUCGGCGGGACAUCAGCUGUGGGUUGUUGGUGAGAACAUCAUUUUCUAAGGGACCGAGUCGCUGGUCCUGAGAGAGAAAGCAGCAGCUUGGCAGCAGCGGGUUCUUGGGCGGGGGCUCCCCAUGUCCCAGAGCAAGCAUGGGUGUGUGGACGUGUGUGUAUUUUUCCGCCUGGUGAGAAGACUAGCGGUGAUAAUGAUUCCUAUAGUAAUCACAUCACUUCCUUGCACUGCGCUCCUCCCGUAUCAGGAGGGCAUCCUGUUCUGCCAUGUCUAUCGUCUUUCCCUUGGUGUGGACCCCCGCUCCCCCUAAGCUGCUGCCUUCUCAUAAGAACGACCCUGACUCCCGUGGAAUUUUGUUAAGGGGUCCUUCCCCUGGGACGUCUUCCCAAGAAAGUGGGCCCCAAGUUCUUAGAGGAGCAGCCCUAAAUGGCACACGCCUCGGAGUGCAUCUCUGUGCCGGGGGGUGCUUGGGGCUCUGUGGAGGUGCCUGCUGGAGCCACCCGUGGUCAGCAACCCCCCACCCCACACACCCCCUGCCAUGCCCUUUUCUUUUUGAAACAGAACUAAAGAGAGGCAAGGAAUGACCGGACACCUGACGAAGGCGGGGAGUGAGGGCAGGGAGAGGGGGCCCGCUGAGUCAGGGGGCCCCUGGGCUAGUCCCAGGGAAGCUUGGCGUCUGAUUUGAGCUGGAGACAGGCCAUAAAAGGAAGACAAGGAAGAGCAACUGAAAUCAGGAUUGCAAAUGGAUAGGAAGUCAAUGAGGCUCAGCCCACCUCGAGCCCUGGUGGCGCCCUGGUGAAAGCACUCCAGGGCUAGAUGCAGCGUUGAAGGUUCAAACCCACCAGCUGCUCCUCACAGGAAAAGAAAUGGCGGCUUGUUUCCAUCAAGAUCCCAGGGCCUUGGAGAGCCUGUGGGGCAGUGGACUCCAGACCAGACGGUGCUAGGAGUCUGGGUUGACUUGCCACUCAUGAGGUUUUGGCUUUUAGCCCAUCUCAGGGGUCCGAGUCUUCGAACCGUCCCGGGUCUUCUCUUGCGUCUCCACUCACAGCACCCGAAACCACUUAAGACAAUUCAGCUGCCCCCCUUGUCCCUUUCCCCCUAUAAACUGUUGACACUGUCGUUCCUUGCCCAAUCAGAUUGUUAUUUGUAGUUCAGAGGUACAGAGGUAACUGGACUGUUAUUGGGUGCCCUGGCCUGAAAUGCAGUCACCCAGUAAGAAAUAAAGCAGGCCUCUCGGAUGUGA